CUGCUAGGCGUCGAACGGCAACUAAUUUGUUUCACGCUUGUUUGCGCCGCAUUCUUGAGCCUCUGAAAGUCCCUGGCGAGGACAGCAUUGCUAUGGCCAGUGGGGAUGGUGCUGUGCGUCGAGGGCAUCCGAUUGUCGCUUGUUACUCCGCAGAUUACCCAGAACAGCUGUUGACGACUGGGGUAAAGUCAGGAGAGUGCCCGAAGUGUGAUGUCCCACACAAGGAGUUGGGAAGUCCGCAUUUCCCGGUAAACCUGCGAGACCUCAAUGCAAUUCUUGCUGCAUUGUCCCUCGUCGACGAGGAUUAUGACCUGUGGAGACGAGCAUGCCAGGAGUGUGGCAUUAAGCCUGUCUUCAAACCAUUCUGGCUGGAUCUCCCGCACACCAACAUAUUCCAAUCCAUCACGCUGGAUGUGUUGCAUCAGCUCUACCAGGGUAUCAUAAAGCACCUCACUGAGUGGAUCAAGGAGGCAUGUAGCGAAGCUGAGAUCGACGCUCGUUGUCGUAGGCUUCCCCCAAACCACAACAUCCGCUUGUUUCUGAAAGGAAUCAGUCACCUCUCACGUGUUAGUGGAACAGAGCAUAACCAGAUCUGUCGCUUCCUGCUCGGUAUUGUCAUUGGCAUACAGUUGCCUGGAAAUCUCAAUAAUGGUCGCCUUACUCGUGCCAUUCGCGGCAUCCUUGAUUUCCUUUACCUUGCUCAAUACCCUUCUCACACAGAUCAAACUCUAGCACUGCUCGAUGAUGCCUUGACACGCUUUCACGAUAACAAGGAUAUCUUCCUUGAUCUUGGGAUCCGAUCGAAUUUCAACCUUCCGAAGCUUCAUUCCUUCCGUCACUAUGUACAUAUGAUCAAAAUGUAUGGCAUGACCGACAACUACAACACCGAGUACACCGAACGCUUACAUAUUGACCUCACGAAGGAUGCUUACAGGGCUACCAACCAUAAAGACGAGUAUAGUCAAAUGACGCUCUGGCUCGAAAGACGUGAGAAGAUGUUGUGGCAUGAUAACUUUGUUAAGUGGUGUCUGGUUGGUGAUCUUGCCUCGCAAGAAAGGCCACCACCAGACAUGGAUUAUUGUCGGGCAAUCAAGAUGACGAAACACCCGACCGUCAGACGUGUUCCAUUGGAUCACAUUGUGCAGGACUAUGGCGCCACUUUUUUCACAGCAGCAUUGGCUCGUUAUGUGGUUGGCAGGAAUCAACCUGAGGCUGCUCAUAUCAUUCUUCCCUUUGAUGCUGUGGCUACAUUCCACAGGAUCAAAUUUCACGCAAUUGAUGCUCACGGGUUCCAGGACUCGAGUGUAACAGUAGAUUCUGUGCAUUCUCAACCAUCGCGAAAGGACAAGAGAGGGCACACGAUCCCCGCACGCUUUGAUACUGUUUUGGUCAACGAAGGGGAUGGUGGGAUAACAGGCGUGAAUGGAUACCGUGUUGCGCAAGUUCGCGUCGUCUUCACGCUGACAAGUCAAGCUACAAAUUUGUUAUUCCCCGCUGGACCUCUAAAACCACCCACCCACCUUGCGUAUGUGGAAUGGUUCACACCCUUCCAGCAACCUGAAUCACACCAUGGGCUGUACAAAAUUUGCUGUCUGAUGCGGCGUCUUGCAAGCAUUAUUGAUGUAUCGGACAUCCGCAGGAGUGUUCAUCUUUUUCCAAAUUUCGGCGCAGUAGUACCUCGUGAAUGGACGAGCAGUACCGUUCUGGAGCUCUGUCCCAGCUUCUUUGUAAACUCGUUCAGUGACUGACACACUUAUUUAACUAUUGUUUGAGGAAUAUAACGAGAUUCAUUGAAAUACUCUCGAAAUACAUGUAAUUUAACAGAUUCGUUGAAAUACUCUCGAAAUACAUGUAGUUUAACAGAUUC